CGUUCACAAGCUUCGACAUUUACUUAAUGCCUCCAUCCCCGGCGCCAUUCUUUCCAUUGGUAUCCUGCCUACUCAUUUUCCUCCCACAUCUCCAAACGUAAACAAACAAGGAUGGGAGUGGAGAGCACAACCACAUCCACGUUGCUGGAGGAUCUGGUGGAGAAGGCCGGAGGCUGUGCGAUCAUCGAUGGUGGAUUCGCCACCCAGCUCGAGACACACGGGGCCGCCAUUAACGACUCUCUAUGGAGCGCUCUUUGUUUGAUCAAAGAUCCAGACCUCAUCAAAAGGGUUCACUUGGAAUAUUUGGAGGCCGGUGCAGACGUCUUGAUCACUUCUUCUUACCAGGCUACUCUUCCUGGAUUUAUAUCCAAGGGACUGUCCCUUGAAGAAGGAGAGUUGCUAUUAAAGAAGAGCGUCAAAUUGGCUAUUGAAGCCCGUGAUAAGUUCUGGGAUGCAGUGAAAUGUAAUCCUCUACAAAGAUAUAAUCGAGCUUUGGUUGCAGCCUCCAUUGGAAGCUAUGGAGCUUAUCUCGCUGAUGGAUCAGAGUACAGUGGAUAUUAUGAGCCAGAUGUGAAACUGGAAAAGCUCAAGGAUUUUCAUCGACGCAGAUUGCAAGUUCUUGUGGAAGCAGGUCCUGAUUUAUUGGCCUUUGAGACAAUUCCCAACAAACUCGAAUUACAGGCCUGUGUUGAGUUGCUUGAAGAAGAAAACAUAAAAAUUCCAUCCUGGAUUUGCUUCAGCUCGGUGGAUGGUGAGAAUGCACCAUCUGGGGAAAGUUUUCAAGAGUGCCUUGAAAUAAUAAAUAAGAGCAACAAAAUAAAUGCAGUUGGAAUUAACUGUGCACCUCCCCAUUUUAUUGAAAGUCUCAUCUGCAAAUUUAAGGAGUUGACUGAGAAGUUGAUAGUUGUUUAUCCCAACAGCGGCGAGGUUUGGGAUGGCAGAGCUAAAAGAUGGCUGCCAUCAACUUGUUUUGAUGAUGACAAAUUUGAGUUGUCUGCAAUAAGAUGGCAUGAGUUAGGAGCUAGCCUUAUUGGUGGGUGUUGUCGAACCACACCUUCUACCAUUAGAGCCAUUUCAAAGGUUCUAAAAGAAAGAGAGUGAGCAAAUUUAUGGACAGGCUUUGAAUUCAAUUGCUUCAGGAAUAGCUUCACCACCAUUUAUUUAUUUUAAUUCUCUGUUUUUAGCUAUUAGGUGAUUAGUUUGGGAAUUUUAGAUUUUACAAAAUGAGUUGCAUAUCAAAGCAGUAAGGAAUUUCGCAUUGUUUAUUUAUCUUAUAAAAUUAUCACAAGCUUUACUAAUGAAAUGUAGAGGAUGUUUGGGGCAGCUUUUGAAGGUUUCAUAGCCAA